GGUCCUGGAACGCCUACCGAUUUUCCACGAACCGCUCUUAUUUCUAUCGCUUCACUCUCAGUGAUUAUAAUUAUAGCUAUUGUGGUAUUUUGCGUAUUCAGGUGCAGGCAGAGUGGUCCAUCAGCUGACCACUAUCCCAUGGUUUGUAAUGGAAAACAAUCUGGUUACGCGCCGAUCUCAGCGGAAAUGUCACCUCAAUUAGGACACAAUGAACCGCAUCAUUUGCCUCAGUCAAUUAGCCGACCAUACAUACAAGCAAGAGUUGGAGCUCAAUCUAAUGGUUAUCAACCUAUCAAAGGUACUGUUAUACCAAACGGCAAAAAUACAGGUACUGCAAAAAAUAAUGAAUUAUCGAAUAAUAGGAAAAAGGAAUAUAAGGAAUGGUACGUAUAA